AUGCUGACUGUUCUUUGUUUGACACUGGUCUUUUCUGUGUAUGCCGAGUUUACUGGAUCGUAUUGCUACUCAUUAACAAGUGAUAAAAACAAUUGCCAAACAUGCUUUGCCAAUUAUGUACUGAAUGCGGACAAGACUACUUGCACCUACAAGAGAGACAUGGGGUGCGAAACUUUCAGGGAUGACACGUGUGUGACUUGUGCACAUGGAUACAAGAAAGAUGUUGCCAACACCAAAUGUGUUGAAGGUGACGAGUAUUGCACAGUCAAUGUUUAUGACACUGAGAUGACCUGUAAAUAUUGCAACUCCAUCACAAAUAUCAACGACGAGUCAUGCAAGAACUGCACUGAACAAAACAAGGGUUGUAUGGAUGCAAAUCCCGACUGUGGGACAUGCACCACGUGUGCAAGUGGAUAUUAUUUGGAGUCGAACAAAUGUGUCAGAAUUCCAAAUUGUGUUAUGAGAGAUGCAACAGACAACAAGAAAUGUGGGACUUGCAUCAAUGGGUAUUAUGUUGAUGACAACAAGAAUUGUGUUCUUGGGACUCUUCCGCAUUGCAUCACUUACAACAACAAAGACAGCUGCAAUACCUGUGAAGUGUCAUAUAAGUUGGUUGGUGAUAACUGUGAGUAUCGCCCAUAUUGUACUUCUGUUGACCAAACCGAAUGCACAAAUUGUGUGGUGGGGUAUGGUCUCAAGUCUGGCAAUUGCACCAUCUGCGAGAAGACCAAUUGUAUUCAGUGUAAUGCAGAUGCGACUGUCUGUACAAAGUGUGCUGCUGGUUACACUCUGGUGAAUGGAGAAUGCAAGAAGUGUGAAGUUGAGGGGUGCACUACAUGUGUUGAUGGAGAUGUUUCCAAAUGUAAUGUUUGCGACUAUGCAAAUGGUUAUAAAAUUACAACAUCACAAAAAUGUUACAAAUGCCUUGAUCAUUGUACUCAAUGCGACGAAGCUGAUGCUGCAACCAAGUGCACUGCUUGUGAUUAUGAGUAUGGACUCAACAACGACAAAUGCGAGAAGUGCGGGACUGGUUGUGCUUCAUGCAACGAAAAUAAUAUGAAUGAGUGUAUAUAUUGCAUUGCUGGUUACAAUCUUGAUUCAACCAAUCACAAGUGCUACAAGUGCGGUGAGAACUGCAACGUCUGUGAUGCUUCAGAUCCAGCAACAUGCACCACGUGUGCAACUGGGUAUGCUUUGAAUGGGAAGGUCUGCAAGAAGUGUGACACCGGUUGCACCAUGUGCGUGUCAGACAAUUACCAGAAAUGCACAAUGUGUGAAUACGGAUAUGUUUAUGUUAGUGAUGAACAAAAAUGCGCAAAAUGUCACUCAUCAUGUGCCACCUGCUCCGAAGGCAAUUCAGACACCAAAUGCACCGCAUGUCCACUUGGGUAUUACCUCACUGUUGAUGGGAAAUGCUUGGCGUGUGACGGCAAGUGUGAUUCAUUCAACAGUGAUGCGGAUAACACACAAGAUUACUGCACUAAAUGCAGUGCUGUAUGCUCCUAUACAAAAAAGGGCGGUGAUGAAGCAAAGUGCUACCCGGCUACUCAUUGCUUGAUGUACGACAUCUCAAGACCAGGCAAAUGUAUAUCAUGCGAGGGUGGGUAUUAUAUCGACGGUCAAUACACAUGCCAAAAGUGUGAUGCCAAAUGUACGGGUGGAUGUGUCAAGAGUGCGACCGAAUGCAUCGCUUAUGGAGCUAUUGCAAACUGCUUGAUCUACAACAAAGACCACACGUGCAAGACGUGUGCCAAUGGAUACAAAAAGGAAGGCAACAACUGCGUUGAUGAUGAUACCUGCUCAACCAGAAACGAUGACGCCAAGUGCAUUGUUUGUGAAGAGUCGUUUGUCAAUGGAUAUUAUUUGGCUGAUAAAGAAGGACACUGCAAAGACUACGUCCAACCAACUGAAGGCAGUGCUGCUGUUGCUGUUGUUCUUGCUGUUUUUGCGUUGGUGAUUGCUCUUUAA